AUGGCUUCUCAAGUUGUGAAUCCCUCUGCUAUCAAUUCAAUUGAACUACUAACUGGUAGCAAUUUUAAGAAGUGGAAGAGAGACUUAGAGAUAGUUCUAGGUCUUCUAGAUCACGACUUAGCGCUGAGAGAAGAGAAACCUGAGGUCACUGCCAAUAGCAAUGCUGCACAGAAGCAGAAACUCGAGAGGUGGGAGAAAUCAAAUAGGAUAUGCCUACUUGUCAUGAGGAAAUCCAUAACAGAAACUAUUUGUGGUGGCAUCACUGAAUCUGAGAAUGCUAAGGAUUUUUUGGAGGCCAUAGGACUGAAGUUUAAAGACAUUGAGAAGGCAGAAACUAGAACCUUGAUGACCAAACUUGCAACCAUGAAGUAUGAUGGUGUUGAGGACAUGAGGGUUUAUCUUUUAAGCAUGAUAGAAGUUGCAAGCAAGCUGAAAGCUCUGAAGAUCCCUAUAGCUGACCCUUUUCUAGUUCACCUUGCAUUAAAUUCUCUUCCUUCUCAAUUUGCUCAACUAAAAGUGAUCUAUAAUGCUCAAAAGGACAAAUGGAGCCUCAAUGAACUGAUUUCAAUUUGUGUUCAAGAAGAGGCAAGAAUGAAGAAGGAGAAAGAAGUGAACACAGUCCAUCUUACAACCAAUACUCCAAAAAGACACCAUCCUAAGCCAAACUCAUUUGCCGUUGUCAAUAAGGACAACACUAAGGCUAACUCUUCGUAG